ACUGAAAGCGUCCUACGGUAACCUCACCGUCGCUGAGCUGGCAACGCCGAAUGUCCUCCUCCGCCACCUCGCCGGAAGGUGACCGCAAGCCGAGCUUCUCCGGGACCCAUCUCUAGCUUGGAAUCAUCCGGUGCCAAACCACUGCGUUCCGAAAGCUUGCGGGUCCAUGAAGAUGAUGGGGGAGACUCCCCUCAACCUCCCGUUAUCUUCUCCCGAAAUCUUCUCCUCACUUCCCGUCCACAUGCUGCUCUUCAGAUACCCUCUCAUUCUCCUCUUCUUGGAACCUUAGCUGACGUUCAGAGAUACCCACCUAAUGGAAAUCAUCUCCGAGAGGGAGCGGAUCCUCGUCGGCUACGCCCCUCGAGACCCUUUCUCCGGCGCCGUAUUGAGCACGCAGCGCCGGAACUCGGACAUCGACUUCCACGACGUCUUUGGGGGGCCUCCAAGGCGGUCGAAGCUCUACGAAUCUCGGCGAAGCCGCGCUGAUUCAAUUGAUUUGUGCUCUAGGGCGAGUUUAGAACGGGAGGACUCCGUGGAGUGUUACCGCUCGCGUCUCGGGUCGGGGGAGAAGCCGGUGUUUGGCCAUGGGAGUGGGUCGGGUCGGAGGCAGUUGGGAGAUGAUUUCUACAGUGAUAUUUUCCAGACUAGCGAUUCUAGCUGUUCGUCGCCGAGGAGAGGUGAUCGGGAGGCUUUACAAUCGUCUCCGGGCUCAAGGAUCAACAGUCCUAAUAAGCCAACGCCGAUUAGGUGGCCGACGUCGUUUGGAGUAUCCUCGCUCCCACAGUUCAGUUUAUCAGAAAAGAUGGAUAAAGGUUUGACCCAUCCAUCAUUCAGUUCCCAAACCCAGCAGUCUGUUUUUAGAAAUGAGGAUGAUCGAACUGAUGCUUUCAAUUUUCCCUUAUCUCCUAAUGCUUCUUCAACUGGUACAACACAAUCAGUUGUAGGCCAUGAAGAUCAAAGUAACAAAGGGUAUUCUUCCUAUCGCAAAAGCACAUUAUCUCGUCGAAGUUCUUCGAGCUUUGAAGCUUUGCUAGACACCAUUGAACCUGCUUUCCAAACAGUUGAAAGCCAAACUGAAAAGAAUUCAAGCAGCUUAGAGGAUUAUGUCAGUAAUCAGAAGUUUCAUUUUUCUAUAUACAAAUGGGCGGGAAAAGGGGUUAUGCUUGUCAUGCCCUCUGAUUCUAAAGAAAGAAAUGAAUUUGAAGGAAGACUCGCAAGAUUUCCUGAGAUUAUUGUUCAGGAAGUUGAGCUACCUUCCAACUGUGAUUAUUUCUCUGCUGCUAGUAAAGCUUUUGAAUCUGAAAUUGUUACCCAAGUGAAGAAAUCAGACAAGAAGGAAGCCGGUUAUGUAGCAACUACUGCUAAAGGCCUUUCACAUAUCGAGUUUGGUCCCGAGCUUCUCAAAGAUGAUACAAAUAAAACAACAGACAAAUGUGGCAAUCAGGGUGAAAAAACUUCAGCUCCAUGGUUUGACGAAAAUUCUAAUACAAGUUCUGCGAAUGAACAAAUUCAUGGGUUGAAAUGCCUUAGUGAGCUGUUUGAUGAUGAUAUAGAAAAACAGAGAAGAGAUAAUAUACCUAGACAUGUUAAAGAAAGGGAAGCGCAUUCAAAAAGUCAGAAAAAGCAGCAGCGUCAAAUGGAAAGUAGGCUAGUUUCUUGUGAAGUAAAUUGUACCACAUUGCAUGAUACUCCCACCUUUUCAGAAGUUAAAACACAAGGAGGCAAAGUUAAGGGGAAAGUUAAAGAAUUCAUAAAAAAAUUCAAUCAGGAUGGCUCCCCCAAAAGAAAAGGUGCUUUUGAAAUGUUAGUUCGUAGGUCUAAAGGUGAAGAGAACAAACUAAACAAAGUUGUUGAAGCGGCCCAUGUCUCCACUAUCGGGGAGGAUAAAUCGCAGGGGAAAAGUGGGAAUAAGAACGUAUCAUUAUUUGACUUUCCUAAUGCCAUUGAAAAUCAAGGUAUGGAAAAAGCAGAGGAAGAUAAGUCCGGCAUUUCUUGUGAUGGUCAUCCUUCAGAAAAAACGAUUGAAGUCUUACCUCCACAAUCUGAUCCACUUUCCGAAGUCCUUGGUGAUGCAGUAUUACAUGAGGAGAAUAUUCUUGAAGAUUUUGAGGCGUAUCUGCAUCAUAAUUGUGACCGAGAAGUGAUCAGUACUUUACAGGUUAUCGCCUUGAAAAAUGUACAACAGUUGAUGGUAAACCAGACUGAAGCGGUACAAAAUAGUCCACAACAAGACCAGAUUAAAGACUUGGAUGCUAAGAUACGGCAGUGGUCAAGAGGGAAGGAAGGAAAUAUUAGAUCACUGCUCUCAACCUUACAACUUGUUCUUUGGCCAGAGAGUGGAUGGAAACAGGUUCCACUGGUGAAUAUAAUAGAAGGAGCAUCCGUGAGGAAAGCAUACCAGAAGGCGUUGUUGUGCCUUCAUCCAGAUAAACUACAGCAAAAGGGCGCUUCAUCCAACCAAAAGUAUAUCGCAGAAAAGGUUUUUGACAUUUUGCAGGAGGCGUGGGAUCAUUUCAAUUCAAUAAGCGAGUUUUAAGGUUUACAGAGCCCAAUCUGCUUCAGAUUAAGUGUGUUUUCAUGUCUGUAUGUAAUGGCUAAGCCCAAUCAGUUUCGAUUAUGAAAACUUCUCCAUGCUGCACAACAACACUGAAUUAGGGGAGUUUUAAUUCAAAGUAUUGAUAAAAUAAGUUCGGGAUAAUUACAUACAGACCACUCGAAAUGUUAAUAUUUACAAACUAACCACCCAGGUGAUUUUUUUGUACUGGGUUGGGCUGUUACCAUGAAUUUUGAUAUUGGAGUGAGAAUUUGAAUAAUGGAUGGGUGAGGGUGGCUGAUUUGUAAAUUGCAAAUUUCAGGUGGUCUGUAUGUAAAUGGUUGUAUCUUUUGAACUCUAUGAUGGUAUGGAUGUACUGAUUGAGCUGGCAUUGAUUAUUGCUUUUGGAG